UUAGUAAGUUGUCGUGGCUUUGCAAAGGAGUCGUCAUCAAAAGGGUCUUUUCCCAGUUACGUUGAUUUGGUCCAGAAGAAGAUAUCUACAGUGUGCUUUCAGGAGACUUGUCAGUGUCGAGUACCAUAUCUACAUCUUCCAAAAUGCCUGGUCCAGCUUCUAGUGCCACCAACGUGGGAGCGUCCAGCCGGUCUCCCAGCAAAACAGUAGCCCCUCGGGCUGCAGGGUCCACUGUCCGACAAAGGAAGACCACCAGCAGUGGAAACCGCAGCGCUGGCAGAACCACGACAGCAGCAGGGACAGGAGGCAUGUGGCGCUUCUACACCGAGGACUCACCAGGGCUUAAAGUAGGGCCUGUCCCAGUCCUGGUCAUGAGUCUGCUGUUCAUCGCCUCCGUCUUCAUGCUGCACAUCUGGGGCAAGUACACACGCUCCUGAACGCCUUUGUGACCCCUGACCCUCUGACCGGAGCGCCCCCUUUGUCUCUUAAGCCAUCGGACCUGGACCAAACCCGCCACCCUGCCCCAGGAGUCAGACAUGACGCCACCCCUCCCCUGACAAGUCAGCCCCGUCACCCUGGGCGGCUUCUGGAGAUAUUUCUCACGCCUGUCAAGGCUCAUCAUGUAUCUCAUAUGGUCAUAUUUGUAUUUCUCUUUUUUUUUUUUCUUUGAUUUUUGGCUGACACAAUUUGUACACAGUGUUAAGUAAUAAUUUUCAAUAAAGUAAGGUCUCUAUUUGUGUGAUA